AUGCUUACGAACUGUCAAAUCAAUAAUUUCAAGCUAAACCGGCAGAUAGGAUCCGGAGCGUAUGGCCUGGUAUUCCACGCUGUGGACCUUAUCACCGAGAACGAAUACGCUAUCAAAGCCGUGGUCAAAGGCACUGCGCAGCUGGAUAGCUCGGCUGGCGACGCUGCUCCGGGCGCCUCGCCAGAGAUCAAGCGCUCAACGAUGCUUCAAACCCAGCUUUACUACUACUUCAAGUCGUUCCAAAACCGUCUUUUUCUGCCCACAGUCGACUUGGACUCGAUUCGCGACCUGUCAGACUCCCAGCUCGAAGGAGCGCCGCAUUUCCGCGAAAUCGCGAUGCACUUGCGUGUCCACGCCCAUCCCAAUAUCGUCACAGUCCACCAGGUGUUGGAAUCGCCGCUGGCAACGUUUAUGGUGCUGGACUACUGCUCACGUGACCUGUUCACCUCCAUAGUGGACCACCAGUACUUUGCCAAGAACGGUAUGCUCGUCAAGCAAGUGUUCCUGCAACUGUGCUCUGUGAUCCAGCAUUGCCACGCGCGAGGAAUCUACCACUGCGACAUCAAGCCAGAAAACAUCCUUUUGGAUGAGCACGAUAAUGUGUGCAUGUGUGAUUUCGGACUCAGCACGCAAGCCGAAAAACUUCCGGCUAACGUUUGCGUAGGCUCUAGCUACUACAUGGCACCAGAGCGGAUUUCGUGCCCUUCUUCGGUUCAGAAUGCAGACAAUUUGACUCCAGCAUUGUUCCCUACUUGGGCCGGCGACAUUUGGUCUCUCGGCAUUAUUCUCGUGAAUCUAACUUGCAUUCGAAAUCCUUGGCUCAAGGCUCACCAAGUAGAGGAUAAUACGUUCAGCUAUUUUGUUAAGGACUCUAAAGUUUUGCUCAAAAUACUACCGGUGUCACAACAGCUUUAUGAGAUUUUGAGCGAUAUCUUGAAACUCGAGCCUACAGCGAGGGCUUCAUUGACUGAUAUCAUGGAGCGUGUCGCAGAUUGUACGUCGUUCACCAACUCAGGACCAUUGUCCGAAGUCGCUUCGCUUAGUGAUCCCCAAAGGCAGCGAUUUCUUAUUAACCACAGAGGACUUAGCAUUAAACAAAUGCUCCACAACUACCACUCCGACGACGAAUGCGAUCGGUCCUAUUCCCAAGGCGAAAGCGACACCGAAGUUACCAGCGAAGAAGAGUCUUACCGCCAAACUUGCCUCGUGGACAGCGCCUCGACUAGAUCUGUUGACGCUGAACCCACCAAGCAACAGUCACACGUUGGGAAACAAUUGCCCUUUCCCGUCGACUUCCAAAUGAACUUGCUAACCAAGAACAUGUCUGUGGUGACCAAUUAUUCAUCACACAGCAGGUGGCUCCCACAAUACUAA